AUGCGUAAACACAGCCGAGGAUGGGAGGGGCUCACACUCGAGGAAAGGUCCCGCGGUUCAGGUUUCACGCGCAUUGUAACUAGACAUACGGAGAUGCCUCGAGGAUGUGUGAUCGGGAUGGAAAAGAAGAAGUCUUGGCGUAACCCGCCGCAACCACAGACAUCUUCCCGUUCCAUAGGCGUCUCAGAACGUAAGAGCGCAGCUGCCAUUUCCGCAAACACACAUAACAAUAAGCUUCAUUUUCUCAAUCCCAAACGAAAGCCAGACCUUCAGGCUGUUUACUCUGUGAUGACCAUCCUGAGAUUGAAAUACAAGGGUAUGGAACGCGUAUCAGACGGAAACAAGAGGAAAUGGUAUUCCAUCUUCAUCGUUCUCGUUUACACCCAUUCAGUCGCGUCUACCAAGUUUCUCAUCAUGGUAGAUACACCUGAUAGUGGUACCGAACCUACUGAAAUCGAACUUUCCGUUGUCGCUCGCCUCACAUUCUACAAAGCUGGCAACAACGGCAAAGGCAAGAAACAAACUAAGGAUAUCAAGGCGAAAACUUUCAACCACAACUUCUCCGAGUCAAAAGACAACUAUCUCGAACUUCUAACAGCGAUCCUAGAGAAGCACCAUGUCGAUAAGAAGUACAAAGUCACUGCCCGCAAUGUCUACCCUUGCAAGAUACAAGUCCAUCCGGCCAAGCAGGGCGACGCUCCUGAUGUGGUCAACUACGAGGAAUACCAAGACCUAGUCAAGAAUACGAUCCUUUCUGCACCGGUGGGGAAACCGGUUGUCAUAUUUGUUGAAAUGCCGAGCAUCGAGAAGUCGGCUAAACGAGUGGACAACCCGGGGCUUUCAAAAGAAGAAUAUGAUCUGGCAAAAGAACGCGCAAAGCUCGAGAAGAAAUAUCAAAACGACCACGAUGGCGGCUAUACCUAUAUCGACGCGACCGGCGUCUCGAUUCCACUCACCCCAUUCAUGAUGAAAGAGUGGGCUCGUGCUCUUGUUGAUAAGGACAAGAGUGUUGACAUCGACAAUCCGCCACACACUCAAACCUUCGAUCCAGCAAAUAGAAAGUCCUCCUUGCUCACUCGAAAACGCUCCGAAAGCUCCGGGUCUACUGGUACUGAAGUCCCGUCUGAAACAUCGACUCUCGCCGCCCUCUCAGGAAUCAUCAACUCGAUCGCAUCUCUUGUUCACCCAGGCAAUCCACCUCUUCCAAGCACACCAAAGAAAAACCAACCUGACAACCACCAUACCCUCAAGCCAUCUCCCUCACAGCUUGGUCGAUUCCUUACCCAUGCUGAGAAAGAAGCGGGUGUGAAGAACGCUUCUCGCCAUGAAUACGCACUUGCCGGCGAAGGAUAUGGACCCGACAUUCUUCAUCUCGUCGACGACAAAGCCUUAUGCGCUCUCGGAAUUCCUGCUGGAGAUGUUCUUCGACUGAAACAGGCUGCGCCGCUGUGGUGGAAAGCGGAACCAGGACAGGCUUUGAAGCGUCGCCAUGAAGUGCUUGAAGGUAGCCCAGCCGAGAAGCUACAGGAAACCCCUCCAAACAAGAAAAUGCGGUUUGAGAAGCGUUACGUCGAAGGCGGAUCUUGGACGCUAUUCGGACCUGGCACCAUGGAAGGCGAUGUCGACCCUAAUGCCGAUUUUACUUGGUACUUCUAUUCAAAGGACUUGAAGAUGACCCUUCCGCUUCCGCGUGGUCUGGUUCCGAUUCUUGAUGGUGAAGAAGACAAUGGUUUAUGGCCCUCUCAUUAG